AUGACGCCCAAACAGAUACCUCCAGAAAUGGAGAAUCAUGUCUCUGGACAAUCCAACAAGCCCUUGUCGCGUCCGGCGCAUGCUCUCCCAGCAGACACAGUGGUCCGAGAGCUCAGCACGAACCCGACUACUGGGUUGACUGCCUCUGAGGCGUCUCAAAGGCUUGUCGAGUAUGGCGCCAAUGAUCUCGGCGAAGAAGAGGGUGUCAAGCCCCUCAAGAUUUUCAUCGCCCAGAUCUGCAACUGCAUGACUUUGGUGCUUAUACUUGCUUUGGCUGCCAGCUUUGGUAUCCAAGCUUGGAUAGAAGGUGGCGCUCUUGCCCUUAUCAUCCUUCUCAACCUCAUCGUUGGUUUCUUCCAGGAUCUCCAAGCCGCUCGAACCGUCCACUCCCUCAAGUCAUUAAGCCAGCCUACAACAAAUGUCUUUCGAGAUGGAAAGACCUUGACAAUCCAAACGAGCGAAAUCGUGCCGGGCGACAUCAUCGAUCUCAAGAUGGGUGACUCUGUCCCUGCUGAUAUACGCCUGCUCGAAGUCGCCAACUUUGAGUCUAACGAGGCGUUGCUUACAGGAGAGUCGUUACCUGUUCGGAAAGCCCCUGCAUCCCAAUUUGAUGAUGAUACAGGACCUGGCGACCGUCUCAAUGUCUGCUACAGCUCCACAAUUGUCACAAAAGGCCGUGGAAAGGGUGUCGUCUUCGCCACUGGAGCUUAUACUGAAAUUGGAGCCAUUGCAGCUGCUUUAAAGGACACUGGACGGAAGAAGCGAGAGGUCACCAGAGACGAGAAUGGCAAAGCAUCUUUCAGUGCUCAUGCUACCAAGUGGCUUCUGACAGUCGCAGACAUCGUUGGCGAGUUUUUAGGUGUCAACGUGGGAACCCCGUUACAACAAAAGCUUUCGCAAUUGUUUCUCUAUGUUUUUGCCUUUGCUGUCGUCUGUGCUAUCAUUGUCCUGGCAGCCAAUGGGUUUGAUCCUCGAAAGGAUGUCAUCAUCUAUGCCGUUGCGACAGCCGUGGGAACACUCCCUGUUUCUCUGAUCCUGGUGUUGACCAUUACAAUGGCAGCCGGAACGAAGCAAAUGGUGGGUAGGAAGGUUGUCGUCAGAAAUAUGCAGAGCUUGGAGGCUCUCGGUGGCGUUACCAACAUCUGUUCCGACAAGACCGGUACUCUCACUCAAGGAAAGAUGGUCGUCAGAAUGGCCUGGCUUCCUGGACAUGGCACUUACUCUGUCGCCUCCACGAAUGAACCAUACAAUCCUACAGUCGGCAACAUCGAUUAUACCCCCGUCCAGCCAACAGAGCUAACUGCUCCUGGGGAAGAGUCAAAGUCACACACGAUCAAUCCCUCGGAAGAGCCCAACGCCAAUGAAACACUCAAGCACUAUCUUGACAUCGCCUCGCUUGCAAAUUUGGCCGUUGUCUUUGUCUCUCGCUUCAACUGGAACCGAAUGUCGUUGUCUUCAGGACCUAGCCCACGAUGGAAACAGCUUGCGGAAUUCCCGUUCGACUCUGAUGUCAAGAAGAUGUCGGUCAUCUUCCAGGACACAGUAUCCAACGACUUGCACAUCCUCACCAAAGGUGCAGUCGAGCGUGUCCUAAGCAGCUGUUCAUCUAUGGAAGUCUCUGGAGAUAUUGUACGUCUUGAUGCAGCCGCCCAUGAAUCCAUUUUGCAAAACAUGGAAGCUUUCGCCCGUCUCGGUCUUCGAGUUCUUGCCCUGGCUAGUAGAUCUCCUGUCACAGGCCUGCCAGAAGAUUUAUCAUCCGCGAUAAAUCGGUCCGACUUUGAAAAAGACCUUGUUUUCCGUGGCCUCGUUGGCAUCUACGAUCCUCCUCGACCUGAAACUCGGGACAGUGUUCAGAUGUGUCAGAAAGCUGGCAUCAGUGUACACAUGCUCACUGGUGAUCACCCAGAGACUGCCAGAGCCAUCGCUGCCGAUGUGUCUAUCAUCCCGUCUCAGGAAAGGAUGAAGAUGGUGCGCGCAGACAUCGCAGACACGAUGGUGAUGGCGGCUCACGACUUUGAUCAUCUCUCUGACGCCGAACUUGAUGCUUUGCCUGAGUUGCCUCUAGUCGUUGCUCGUUGCUCGCCUACGACAAAAGUACGUAUGAUUGAGGCUUUACACCGCCGUGGUCGCUACGUUGCCAUGACAGGCGAUGGUGUCAACGACAGUCCUAGCUUGAAGCAUGCGGACGUUGGUAUCGCUAUGGGCUUGAACGGAUCGGAUGUCGCUAAGGAGUCUUCUGAUAUCAUCUUGACAGACGAUAACUUUGCUUCGAUUCUCAAUGCCAUUGAAGAAGGACGUCGAAUCUUUGAUAAUAUUCAGAAGUUCAUCCUUCAUGUGCUCGCUGCCAACUUUGCAUUCGUUAUCUGCCUUCUCGUCGGAUUGGCUUUUAAAGAUGGAAAUGGUGUUUCCGUCUUUUUCAUAACACCUGUGGAAAUCAUCUGGAUGUUGUUAGUCGCUGGAGCUUUCACCGAAACGGGUCUCGGGUUUGAGCAAGCCAGUCCUGACAUUCUUCGUCGACCACCCCAUAGUCUCAAGUACGGGGUUUUUACUCCCGAAUUCCUCGUUGAUCUGGUAACUUACGGUAUCCUGAUGCUCAUUAGCAUUCUCGGCUCAUCUGCCAUUGUCCUCUAUGGCUUCAACAGCCAUGGACUCGGUCACGACUGCAAUAGCACCUACUCGGAAUCGUGCGAGGGAGUAUUCUCUGCCCGGUCAACAGCUUUCGCAACCAUGACGUGGGACUUUCUCUUAUUCGCAUGGCAACUCGUUGACUUUCGGCGAUCAUUCUUUGCCGAGAUUUUCGAGAAGGGUGGUGGUUUCAAGGCCUGGGUGAAGAAACUCUGGAAAAACCCUUUCCUGUUCUGGUCUGUCACUCUCAGUUUCGUCCUUAUACCGCCUACACUGUAUAUCCCAGUUAUCAACCGGGUGGUCUUCAUGCAUAGCCCUAUUGACUGGGAAUGGGGUGUUGUCUUUAUUGCUGUUGGCAUAUUCUUUGCUGGAGCGGAGAGCUACAAGUGGGCGAAGCGGGUUUACUUUCGUCAGAAUGUUGCAAAGGAGUUUAGAAAGGAUAUCUCUGAUGUUGAGCUAUAUGUUUUUGGGAGAUAUAUGGAUGGUUCUGGGUCUAGUAGUGAGUCUGGUCAUGAUGGAAAGAAGUGUUAG